GCCAUAAAUAUCAACAACCACCCAAACUUCUUAAAAUUCCUUCAUUUUCAACAGUUGCACACUUGCACAAAUCAAAAGAAAAUCUUCACUAAAAUUCUUGAUUAAUUCCAAAUUGAAAGAAAUGGGUGGAGAAGAAAACAUCAAAGAAACGUUUUUUGUAUCUCAUGGAACUCCAAUGAUGACUAUUGAAGAGUCAAAACCUUCAAGAAAAUUCUUAGAAAGUUGGAGAGAGAAAGUGUAUUCCAAGAAACCAAAGGCUAUUUUGGUAAUUUCAGCUCACUGGGAAACUGAUGAACCUGCUGUAAAUUCUGUGGACGUCAAUGAUACCAUCUAUGAUUUCUAUGGCUUCCCUGCUCGCAUGUAUCAGUUCAAGUAUCCAGCUCCAGGGUCUCCAGAUUUGGCAAAGAGGGUACAAGAACUUCUUACUACAUCAGGGUUCAAAACUGUAAACAUUGACAAGAAACGUGGGCUGGAUCAUGGUGCAUGGGUGCCUCUGAUGUUCAUGUAUCCCGAGGUUGACAUUCCUGUUUGUCAGCUCUCUGUUCAAUCGCAUUUGGAUGGAGCAUACCACUACGAAUUGGGACGAGCAUUGGCUCCUCUGAAGGAUGAAGGUGUACUCAUCAUUGGUUCUGGAAGUGCAACACACCCUUCGAACAGUACCCCUCAUUUUUAUGACGGAGUUGCUCCAUGGGCUACAGAUUUUGAUCGCUGGCUUGAAACAGCUAUAACAAAUGGAAGGUAUGAAGAAGUGAAUAAAUGUGAAACCAAAGCACCUAACUGGAAAUUGGCGCAUCCAUGGCCAGAGCACUUCUAUCCAUUACAUGUAGCCAUGGGAGCCGCCGGUGAAAACUGGAAGGCAGAGCUCAUUCAUAACAGCUGGGAUCAUGGCACCAUGUCAUAUGGCUCCUACAUGUUUACAUCCAGCUGAUAUUUACCUUGUUACACUACUGUUGUUUUUUUUAGCCCAUUGAUACUCUGUACAUCAGCGUAUAAAUCUGUAACAACGGUUAAACUGAGUGUAAAAUUCUGCAGAUUAUGGGAUUAUAUAUAUAUACCCCUCCUGCCCUUUUGAUAGUCAUUUUUGGUAGAAAA